GAGGAGAUUCGUUUGGAUUCCAAAGAGGGCACCCCGCCCACGGCUAUCCGCGAGAUCUCGCAGAUGAAGGAUUCUAAGCACGUCAACAUCGUCUACCUUUACGAUUUCAUCGACACCGAGAACAAGCUGAUGCUCGUCUUUGAGUACAUGGACAAGGAUCUGAAGAAGUACAUGGACUCC